UUCAGAAAUUAUUACGCAGGCUUCAGAAGGAAUUGAAGCCACGCAAAUAAAUACUGUUCAAAAAAACAGAAAUCCCAACGCCCUCUUGAGAGGGGGCCCCCUCUCCAGGGGGCAGCAGAGACGCGCGGGAGGACCGAGACGUCGGGGACCAAGGAGAGGGCGAGUCGAUCCCGGCAGUGGCCGGGCCUGCAGCGGGGUCGCUGCCCCAGGGGCGGAUUGGAAGGGCGGGCUGGCACAGGGGCCGGAGGAAGAGGCGGAGAGGUGACUUCACCGAAAAGCUUUUAGGGGCCAGGCUCUCUCCGCCCGCUGGACGGGAGGCGGGGUAGCAGCUCGGUUAAAGUAGCAGCCUGGAAGGAAGGAAGGAGCGAGGGAGGGAGGGACGGGAGCAGCCGGGAGGAGGAGCAGCGAGCUGGGCCGCGGCAACGGCUGGGGGAGCGGCCCAGCGUGGCCACGUUUGGGUCUGGUUAUUUUCCAGUGAACAGUUCUCGCACGCCCUUCCUGAGGCACGGCUGAUCGCGCCGAAGCCGGGCGGCCCCGACCUUCCAGGUGACAGCCGGUCACCCUGGUAGGAGUCAGCUCCGCCCCAAGUCACCCCGCCCGCCCAGAGCCCAUUCCCCGCCCAGCCAGCCUCCCUCCGCCUGCCCGAGGCGAGCGCGGCGGCCGCAGCGGCUCUGCAGCGCUGGAGCAGGCGGCGGCCGGCGGCGGCGCGGGGCCCUCGGCGGAGGAAGGGGGAAGUUCGGCCCCUCGGCGCUAGUCCGAGGAAGGAGGAUGACGAUUUAACCCGCCCUCUCCUGCCAGUCCGGCCGCGGGGCGCCCCCGCCGUGCCCGCCGCCCGAGUCUCCGAGCCUCGCCCGGGGAAGUGCCGCAUGGGGCACGGCCGCUGAAGCGCGGAGUUCGGUGUCUCGCCGUGCCAAAAGCAGGCGCGGGCGCCGGUGCGGCAGUUGGCACAGUUUCGGCGGCGCCUUCGGCGCGAGAGUUGGGGGCGCGGCGCGCCUACCCGGCCUCCUCGGUGCCUUCGAGAGGCGCGAGUUAUGGAGCCCCCCAGCUGCGUUCAGGAUGAGCCGUUCCCGCACCCCCUGGAGCCUGAACCGGGCGCCCCUGCGCAGCCGGGCCCCGGGAAGCCGGGCGACAAGCGGUUCCGUCUGUGGUACGUGGGGGGGUCGUGCCUGGACCACAGGACCACGCUGCCCAUGCUGCCCUGGCUCAUGGCCGAGAUCCGGCGGCGCAGCCAGAAGCCCGACGCGGGCGGCUGCGGGGCGCCGGCCGCCCGCGAGGUGCUUCUGGUGCUCAGCGCGCCCUUCCUGCGCUGUGUCCCCGCACCCGGCGCCGGGGCCGCCGGGGGCGUCGGCCCCGCGGCCGCGCAGCCCAACCCGGCCGUGUUCAUCUUCGAGCACAAGGCACAGCACGUCUCGCGCUUCAUUCACAACAGCCACGAUCUCACCUACUUUGCCUACCUGAUCAAGGCGCAGCCAGACGACCCCGAGUCGCAGAUGGCCUGCCACGUUUUCCGCGCUACAGACCCCAACCAGGUUCCUGACGUUAUAAGCAGCAUAAGGCAGUUAUCGAAAGCUGCCAUGAAAGAGGAUGCCAAAGCCAGCAAAGACAACGAGGAUGCCUUUUACAACUCUCAGAAGUUCGAGGUCUUGUACUGCGGAAAGGUGACCGUGACCCACAAGAAGGCCCCGUCGAGCCUCAUCGACGACUGCAUCGAGAAGUUCAGCCUGCACGAGCAGCAGCGCCUGAAGAGCCAGGGCGAGCAGCGUGGCGGCGCGGAGGCGGGCGAUGACCCGGUGGUCUUCGAGGCCGCAGCCUCAGAAGUCCUGGCGGAGGAAGGGGAUGGCCUCCCCAGCAUCCAGCCUGCCUUCGCAGCCGCGGCCGGCCAGCCUGGGCUGCCCAGCUCUCGAGUUGGCUUCCCGGAGCGGAUUUUGGAAGAUUGUGGCUUUGACGAACAGCAGGAGUUCCGGUCUCGGUGCAGCAGUGUCACUGGCGUCUUACAAAGGAAGGUUCAGGAGAACAGCCAAAAACCACAGCCGCGGAGGAGACACGCCAGCGCGCCGAGUCACGUACAGCCCUCGGAUUCGGAGAAGAAUAGGACGAUGCUGUUCCAGGUUGGGCGGUUUGAGAUUAACCUUAUCAGUCCAGACACUAAAUCAGUUGUGCUUGAAAAGAAUUUUAAAGAUAUCUCUUCUUGUUCUCAGGGUAUAAAGCAUGUUGAUCACUUUGGCUUUAUCUGUCGGGAGUCACCGGAGCCUGGGCUGAGCCAGUAUAUCUGUUAUGUGUUCCAGUGUGCCAGUGAAUCCUUGGUGGAUGAGGUAAUGCUGACUCUGAAGCAGGCUUUCAGCACAGCAGCUGCCCUGCAGAGUGCCAAGACCCAGAUCAAGCUGUGCGAGGCCUGCCCCAUGCACUCUCUGCAUAAGCUCUGUGAGAGGGUUGAAGGUCUCUACCCUCCACGAGCCAAGCUGGUAAUACAGAGGCAUCUCUCUUCACUGACAGAUAAUGAGCAAGCAGACAUCUUUGAGCGCGUCCAGAAAAUGAAGCCAGUCAGCGACCAGGAAGAGAAUGAACUUGUGAUUUUACAUUUGAGGCAGCUGUGUGAGGCCAAGCAGAGGACACACAUUCACAUUGGAGAAGGCCCAUCGACAAUUUCAAAUAGUACCAUCCCGGAAAAUGCAACAAGCAGUGGAAGGUUCAAGCUUGACAUUCUGAAAAAUAAAGCUAAGAGAUCUUUAACUAGCUCCCUGGAAAAUAUCUUCUCAAGGGGAGCUAACAGAAUGAGAGGCCGGCUUGGAAGUAUGGAUAGCUUUGAACGGUCCAACAGUCUUGCUUCAGAGAAGGACUAUUCACCGGGAGACUCCCCACCAGGGACACCACCAGCCUCCCCACUGUCCUCAGCUUGGCAGACAUUCCCUGAAGAGGAUUCUGACUCCCCACAGUUUCGAAGACGGGCACACACGUUCAGCCACCCACCUUCAAGCACAAAGAGAAAGCUGAAUUUACAGGAUGGGAGAGCUCACGGUGUUCGCUCCCCUCUUCUGAGGCAGAGCUCCAGCGAACAGUGCAGCAUUCUUCCAUCAGUUCGGCGCAUGCCCAAGGAGAGUAAUUCUUCCUCCAGUCUUCCAAGUCUUCACACUUCCUUCUCUGCCCCUUCCUUCACUGCCCCCUCUUUCCUGAAAAGCUUUUACCAGAAUUCAGGUAGACUGUCCCCACAGUAUGAAAAUGAAAUCAGUGAUGGAGAGGGGAGAAAAAGGACCUCGUCUACUUGCAGCAAUGAAUCCCUAAACGCUGGAGGCACUCCCGUCACCCCUCGUCGAAUCUCCUGGAGGCAGCGCAUUUUCCUCAGGGUUGCUUCUCCCAUGAACAAAUCUCCCUCAGCAAUGCAGCAGGAUGGACUGGACAGGAACGAGCUGCUGCCACUGUCCCCUCUUGCUCCAACCAUGGAGGAGGAACCACUGGUUAUAUUCAUGUCUGGUGAAGAUGAUGAUCCAGAGAAGGCUGAAGAAAGAAAGAAGUCAGAAGAACUGAGGAGUUUGUGGAGAAAAGCAAUACAUCAACAAAUCUUGUUGCUUCGAAUGGAGAAAGAAAACCAGAAACUUGAAGCAAGCAGAGAUGAACUCCAGUCCAGAAAAGUUAAACUGGACUAUGAAGAAGUUGGUGUAUGUCAGAAGGAGGUCUUACUAACCUGGGAUAAGAAGUUGUUGAACUGCAGAGCUAAAAUCAGAAGCGAUAUGGAAGACAUUCAUAUUUGUCUUAAAGAAGGUGUUCCCAAAAGUCGACGAGGAGAAAUUUGGCAGUUCCUAGCUUUACAAUACCGUCUCAGGCACAGAUUGCCCAAUAAACAACAGCCUCCUGACGUUUCCUAUAAGGAACUUUUAAAGCAGCUCACUGCUCAGCAGCAUGCCAUUCUUGUGGAUUUGGGAAGGACAUUUCCUACUCACCCUUAUUUUUCAGCACAGCUUGGGGCAGGGCAGCUCUCACUCUUUAACCUCUUGAAAGCCUACUCAUUGCUGGACAAAGAAGUGGGUUACUGUCAGGGGAUCAGCUUUGUGGCUGGAGUCCUGCUUCUGCACAUGAGCGAAGAGCAAGCCUUUGAGAUGCUGAAAUUCCUCAUGUAUGACCAGGGCUUCCGCAAACAGUACAGACCUGACAUGAUGUCGCUGCAGAUUCAAAUGUACCAGUUGUCCAGGCUCCUUCAUGACUAUCACAGAGAUCUCUACAAUCAUCUUGAAGAAAAUGAAAUCAGCCCCAGUCUUUAUGCUGCCCCCUGGUUCCUCACAUUGUUUGCCUCUCAGUUUCCACUAGGAUUUGUAGCCAGAGUUUUUGAUAUUAUUUUUCUUCAGGGAACUGAAGUUAUAUUUAAGGUUGCGCUUAGUCUGCUGAGCAGCCAGGAGACACUUAUAAUGGAAUGUGAGAACUUUGAAAGUAUUGUCGAGUUUCUUAAAACCACGCUACCUGAUAUGAAUACAUCUGAAAUGGAAAAAAUUAUUACCCAGGUUUUUGAGAUGGACAUUUCUAAACAGUUACAUGCAUAUGAGGUGGAAUACCACGUGCUGCAGGAUGAGCUUCAGGAAUCCUCAUACGCCUGUGAGGAUAGUGAACCUUUGGAAAAGCUGGAGAGGGCCAAUAACCAACUGAAAAGACAAAACAUGGACCUCCUAGAAAAGUUGCAGUUAGCCCAUGCUAAAAUCCAGACCUUGGAAUCCAAUCUGGAAAACCUUUUGACCAGAGAGACCAAAAUGAAGUCUUUAAUCCGGACUCUGGAACAAGAGAAAAUGGCUUAUCAAAAGACAGUGGAGCAGAUCCGGAAGCUGCUGCCCACCGAUGCGCUCGCCAAUUGUGAAUUUCUGCUGAGGGACCUCAACUGCAACCCUAACAACAAAGCCAAGACAGGAAACAAGCCAUAACUGAAGAAGUGCCCUCUCAGCAGAACAUGCUCUCAGAACGGAGAGGAAGGGAAGAGUCUGUGUGCUGCUGGCCCAGCGCUGGACACCAGAGCUGACAGAACCACUUGAGUCUGGUGCUGCACCCGUGUCCUAGCUGGUGGACCUCGGUCUUACUAGAGUACGCCAAUCCUAAGCCAUUGUACAUAUGUAGACUGGUUUUUUCUGUUGUUGUUGUUGACUAUGUACAUACAUAUAAAAUGGACACAAACAGUUCAUGCUUUCAGAUCAAAAGAGUAGAUGUAUAUUUAGUGAAUUUUUUUAAAUCAGAACUUCAUGAAACCCCCACCAAAGGGAAGUUAAAAUGAAAUUCCCCUUGGACAUAUGUGAAAUCAUUUUGUCUUUGUAGUGAAACAAAGCUUAGAGCAUCUUUGUAUAUUGAAAUAUACUUGAAAAAAAUGAAUGUAUUUUUUUCUCCAAAGAGCAGCAUGUUUCACUCAGUGGUGGAGAGGUAGAAACAUUUGUGUAACUUUAUGUAUAUCUGUCUUAAAAUCUACUGACAUUAUGUAUAUCUGAUUGCCAAUCAUGCUCCUAUGGAUUUUUCAGGAAGGUGGGGGCCUUCCUCCCCUGCCAGCUUUGUGCCAACUAGCAUGUUGUGUCUACAUGCAUUUUGAGUCAGGCGAGGCAUUACUUUGGAUGUGUGUUAAGGAGAAAGCAAGACAUCAUAGUGGAGUCUACCCACCCAGCUCAAGGUGAAAAAGAAUGUUGCUAGUUUUCUAGCAAAUUAGACCAGCAUUAUUACUCAAACUAAAAAUAUCAGGCUUCCAAAAUUUAAUUUAGGACCUAAAUUGUCUAGAUCAACUUUCUACUUUUUUAAUUUAAAUUACUGCUUAUAGUUGUGAAUGGACUCCCUUUUACUUGGUGCCACAAUUGGUGACAAGGAUUUGGCAUUUUCCCACAAAUGGGAACUCCUAAUUUAGUUCUCUCUACCUGCAGUGAAAGAUAUGGAAAUGCGAUUAUAAUUGGUUUUCUAAAGAUAAUAUGCUGUAUUGACACAUUUUUUUUUUUUUUUUUAGCAUUUAUUUAUUUUUGAGACAGAGAGAGACAGAGCAUGAACGGGGGAGGGUCAGAGAGAGGGAGACACAGAAUCCGAAACAGGCUCCAGGCUCUGAGCUGUCAGCACAGAGCCCGACGCGGGGCUCGAACUCACGGACCGCGAGAUCAUGACCUGAGCCAAAGUCAGCCGCUUAACCGAUUGAGCCACCCAGGAGCCCGUAUAUUGACACAUUUUUUAUUGUUGUUGCCAACGGACAGAAUCUAAUCUCUUGAUCAUCUUUCCCUUGUAUGUGACAGUUUGGGGGAAUUGUGAAAUGUUUGAGAAUAAACUGUUGAAAGCCACUGGAGAGAAGUGACAAGUGGCACCAGGCCCUUUCUAAGAUCUACAAUUCUGCAUUUGAACUCCCAGCUUCCUCAGGCUACAGCUUAAUAAGAGGACAUUCAUGCAUGUUGGGUAUAUGGAAGGAAAGUAAUUUUCAGAGCACACCUGCAGUUCUUCAUUUGAGAUGAGUCUAUGAUAGUGCCUCUGAAAGUUGAUGCAGCAUUUUUGCCUCUCCAAACAAUAUUUAUCAUCACUGCUUUUUGCAGUACUUAUCACAGGUGGAUUAUCUAGGAUAAUUUUCUUCAGAGGGGUUUUUUUUAUACACAAGCUACAGUAUAUUAUAGAGUAGAGAAAGAGCGAAGCUCUCGAGGUUUGGGAAAACCUUGAAGAGCAGAUGAUAAACAUCUGAACCCCCUGCCUUUACACCAUUACUUAGUAUAAAUGUAAUGAUUCCUGUUACAGAUCAGCAUGCCCUCUAAUCCAGGCAGUUUUUCUAAAAAAGAAAAUAAAGUCUUAUUAGGAAAGUUAACGCAGUUUCUAGUUUUAGGAAAUGUUGAUUCUAGGUACCCUAUUAAGUUGGGGUUUUCAGCUGAUUUGUUUCUUGGAUUCCCCCAAAUUUCUCUAUUUGUAGGUGAGGUUUUUCCUGUGAGGAAUAGGACAGAUAUCAUCUAGUUACUGUCUGGUGAUGGAAAUUACCUUAUGUGUGUUAUAUACAGGUGGUAGCCAAAGAAUCUUUAAAUUGGGAAAAGAAACUUUUCCUUUCAGUUCAAAGUUAAUUUUACUCUGGAUACUCAGAGUGUCAUGAGUUGUAUUAUGUAUGGUGUUCAGAGAUUUAGGUGUCUUGGAUACAGUAUUUUUUCCGAAAAUGAACUUUCUUUUUCUUUUGUGAUUUUUUAAAUGUUGCACCAGUUAUGCUUUAUGUAUUGUUACAUCUUCAUCCGAUUAAUGUAAUGUCUAGUUCAUUUCCAAUAAAUACAUUGCUACAGUU